AUGUCAGCCCUCUCUCCGAACAUUGAAAAUGCUGGAGAAAAAGGCUUCAUCCACACAUGGCCAGACCCAGCCUGCCGCUCCCAUCUGUGCAAGUGCCAUGGGUGCUGGAAUACCACAAAGUGGGAGAACACCGGGAGUGUGUUUGGAGGCCACAAGUCCCAUGUGGAGACAGCCCCCGCGGGGUCGGUGCGUGACCGCGGCCCGGGCCAGCCAAGUCCCGUGGGGCAGACACCGCCGACCACGCGGCGUGCUCCGUUCUGGUUGGUCGAGGUGGUGCGCUAUGCUAAUGAACCUGACCCUUCUCGCACCUGCGGGCUGCGCUGCCGCGGGCACCGCGGGACGCUACAGCCCUGCACUGCAGCCCCUAUCCCGCUGCAGGCUCGAGAUCCUGCCACCUCUAGGGAGGAGACCAUGCCGCGCUCCUUCCUGGUGAAAACGCACUCCAGUCACAGGGUCCCCAACUACGGGCAACUGGAGACACAGAGAGAGGUUUGUAAGCCCAAGCACUGUGGUCUAAUUCCUCACUGUGUGUUCUCUCUCCCUUCUGCCCUUCUAGAAGCUGAUGGCUCCUGCUCUGCCUGUGAGGAGCCGGUGGGAUCCUGCCACCUGCCAGAUGAGGAGGCCCCUUCCUCUCCCAGUGACCCUCUACAGCCCUGGGACAGCACCUCUGCCAUUGCCUGCAUCUCUCUGCCUCUUCUGCCACAACACGGGGAAGCUCUGGGAGGCUCUGGGCCAGAACCCCAGGAAACUAGCUGCAUGGGCCCUCGGGCUGGCCAGGCCCCCAGUGUUCCCCUCAAAGACAGCCUCAAUCUGCCCCCGCUGUUGGUGCUGCCCACACGGUGGCCCCCAAUCCUAAACCCGGAUGGAGCUCUCGAUAAACAACUAAGGGCUGAGGGAACAUCUCAAGUCCCAGAUAGUUUUGAGUGCAUCCACUGCCACAGACCCUAUCAUACACUGGCCAGCCUGGCCAGGCACCAGCAGCUGCACUGCCACCUGCCGGCUGGGCCCACCUUCACCUGCAGGUACUGUGACAAGGAGUAUGCCAGCCUGGGUGCCCUCAAGAUGCAUAUCCGCACCCACACACUGCCCUGCAUCUGCAAGGCAUGCGGCAAGGCCUUCUCCAGGCCCUGGCUGCUCCAGGGCCACAUCCGCACCCAUACAGGUGAGAAGCCCUAUUCUUGUCCUCACUGCAGCAGGGCCUUUGCUGACCGCUCCAACCUGCGGGCUCAUCUGCAGACUCAUGCCGGUACCAAGAAGUACCGCUGUACUGUCUGCUCUAAGGCCUUCUCCCGAAUGUCUCUCUUGGCACGGCAUGAGGAAGCUGGCUGCUGUCCUGGCCCCUAGAGGCACAGCAGGGUGGAGGGGCCAAGCCUGACAAUAUUCUCAGUGGUUCUGUAUCAUCCAGGACAAUCAGAGGAGGCAGGGGCUUAGCCCACUGUUACCUGUGUCCAUCCAGAUGCAAGAAGCCCUGUGGAGCCUUUGGGCACCUUUUUCCAAGGCCUACAUUCAGUAGAUUCACCACAAGACUCACCAAAACAAUAACUAACAGUUCCAUUUUCAGCUUGGCCUGUCUGCUGGACCUGUUACAAAAAAGAGAAACUAUUGGGAAGUGACUACCACUGGACAAACCCCACUAUGACACCAAUGAGCCUGGCCAGCUGGGUUCCUUUGUGUGCAACUUGAAAUGACCAUUUUUACUUGAGGAGAGCACAAUGUGUGUAUCACCUUGGGAAGCACAGCUACCUCUCAGCCAGCCUCACUUGCCUUUGCCCUGGGGUUUGAGACACAUUUUCUCCUGCCCCUAUGUGCACAUGCUUGUGUACACAUGAACACACACACAUCCUGGAUCCUCUCCCUGAGACAAGGCAGGGCCAGGGAGGAUGGGGCUGAAGCCAGGUCCUGCCUUGUCUGUGCCUCAUCUCCCUCGCUCUGCUUGGAACUGGCCUCAGUGGCUCUUAACAUCUCAGGAGAGCAGCUGUGGGGGUGACAAAGUCCUCCUGUCUUGAGCCUUGAAGUCUUGAGUCUUUACCAAUCCCCUAGAUCUAUGGAAGAGGCAGACUUCUCCAGGGGCAAUGGGAUUCUGGAUAACCUGGGCCCUUCUGGGCAUAAAGCAGGCAGGACACUGAGUGAAGGCAUCUUGCCAGAGUGUUUCAGAGCCCUGUGAGCAGUGAGCUUGGGGCCUUCACUGGAAGAAAUGGAACCUGAGAGGGAAACUGCAUGAGGUGGCUUGACCUGGAGAAAUGAAGAUGAGCGUACAACUAACACCAGGAUUAAGGGCCCACGGAGGAUGCUUGGAUGGGACCAAGGCUGACAAAUGGUAGGGUGGCUAUGUGCAGCUGAGUAGCAUCCCGAGCACAGCACAGGACAGGGCAGGACUUGCUUCUUCCGGUGGAUAUGACUGCCUCUAGUUGGCAUUUAGACAGAAAAGAGACUCAGAGAGUCCAGAGAGAGAAUUUUUAAGAGUUUUUCUUUUUUCAUUUUCCAAGACAGGGUUUAUCUGUGUAGCUUUGGAGCCUAUCCUGGCACUCACCGAUAGACCAGGCUGGCCUCAAACUCACAUAGAUCCACCUGCUUCUGCCUCCCAAGUGCUGGGAUUAGAAGUGUACACUACCACCUCCUGGUUAGAAUUCUUGACAUCUUUUAGGUAAGAAGCUGUGGUCACUCCACUUCUGGCCCAGGACAAGGGACAUGAGUCAGCACCCUUUGUCCAGGCCCAGCAGCACAGGUUCCCAGCUUCUCCGGAGCUUCCAGAAGCCUUCUAGAAAGCCCAUGGGUCAUGCAGGUACCUUAGCCCCUGGUUUUACAGCUGCUUCAAGCCAGACUUAGUAGUGAGCAUCUGGCUGUGGUUUGCUGGUGUUAGGAUGGCUGUCUAAGAGGUCUUGGGGACUCUCAGAGGAAACUUGACCUAUUUGGAGAAAGUCUCAAACAGUCUCAGUCUAUAGCCCACACUGGCCUUGAGCUCACAGCAGUCUUCCUGCCUCAGCCUCCCAAGUGCUGGGAUUAUAGGCAUCAGCACCAUUCCUGGCUUAGAAACUUGACCUUGAGGUUGGGCUUCUAGACCAGGAAUAACCGAAAAUGCAUAAAUACCCCCACUCUGACUCCUGUGAGAGAGAUGGCUGCAGACUGAUUGUACCAGACCUAUGUCAUCUGGUAGAGGAACACACUUUUGAGACAGACACACUCAUGUUUUCAGACCAAGACCAUUGCCUCCCAGGGGAAUGGGUAGGAACUGGACGUGGGAGUACCCUCUGAAUGGAAAAGCACCCACCAAAAGUUCUGGAGGCCAGAAGUCUCAGCUCAAAGUGACCUUCAAGGCAGCAGGUGGAUGUUGUCCUUGGCUUGUAGGAGGAAUUCCUCCAUUUCUGCCUCAGCUAUCACACUGCCCUGUCCUGUGGGUCUCUCCAGAGUGACCUUAUCUUAACAUCUGCAAAGACCUACUUCUAAGGUUGCAUUCUAAGGUUCUAGGGGUUAGGAUUUCAACAUGGAUUUGGGGUGGAGGACUGCUGUUCAGCCCAAACAUCUGAGAACAUGUGUUUUGACAAGUCACCCUCCCUGUGACUUGUCCUCUUCGACCUAGGCAAAGGGAUCUAAAUGAUCCCUUCUCAAAGUCUACACAGGAUCAUAGGAUAGUCAAUUACCUGAAAUAAUCUCAUAGAUUGGGUAGGAAUCCCCCUCUACCCCCACCUCCUCUUCAUCUCUCUGUCAAAGCAAAGGAAGUACUCUUGUCUCCAAAUGUCUGGCUCUUCUGGAAGCAGGUCAAGAUCCCCCAGGCAGAGGGGCCCUCAGAACCUCAACCAACACGAGCCUGGAUUCCUCACAGGAGUGUUCUUUUAAAAUAGCAUCCAGAUGCCCAAAGGAAACUAUAUUGUAGAUUGUGUUCUAUUUCUGGUUCCUCAUGUCUAAAUGGGGCUGUCGCACCUGUUGGGUAUGAAGCAGGGAAUC